AUGAGGUGGGUGGAGCAUGAUCCAAUGGAGAUAUUGGCGAGCGUGAGAUUGUGCAUUGCCAAGGCAUUCGACAAGGCUAUAGCUGAUGGUUUCAAUGUGGACAGUGGAUUGAAAGCAAUUGGAUUGACCAAUCAAAGAGAAACAACUGUUCUUUGGAGCAAAUCAACUGGUUGUCCUCUCCAUAACGCCAUCGUUUGGAUGGAUGCUCGUACCAGCUCUGUUUGCAGUUUUCUGUCAAUAGCCAGGUUUUGUAGUUCACUAGUUGCCGUUCUUUUAUGGAAAUUGGAGAAAGAACUUCCAGGAGGCAAAACACAUUUUGUGGAAACAUGUGGUUUGCCCAUAAGCAAUUAUUUUAGUGCAGUGAAGCUGCUAUGGUUGAUGGAGAACAAUGAUGAUGUUAAAGCUGCUAUUAAAAAGGGGGAUGCCUUGUUUGGAACUAUAGACACAUGGUUAAUCUGGAACUUAACUGGAGGUAUCAAUGGUGGAUUACAUGUUACUGAUAUCUCUAAUGCAUCACGGACGAUGCUCAUGAAUCUGAAAACCCUUGAUUGGGAUAAAACUACAUUAGAAACUCUAGGGAUACCAGCUGGAAUUCUGCCCAAAAUUAUAAGUAAUUCUGAGGUCAUUGGUAAAAUUGGCAAGGGAUGGCCUAUUCCUGGUGUUCCAAUUGCAGGAUGUCUUGGUGAUCAACAUGCUGCACUGGUUGGGCAAGCUUGCCGAAAGGGUGAGGCCAAAAGCACUUAUGGAACCGGUGCCUUUAUCCUUCUCAACACAGGUAAUGAGUUAGUUAAGUCAAAUCACGGUCUCCUAAGCACCCUUUCUUUCAAGCUUGGUCCAACAGCACCGACCAAUUAUGCUUUAGAGGGCUCUAUCGCUAUCGCCGGAGCUGCAGUUCAGUGGCUAAGAGACAGUCUUGGGAUAAUUUCCAGCGCAAGUGAGAUUGAAACUCUGGCAUUACAGGUUGAUUCCACAGGUGGGGUUUACUUUGUUCCUGCUUUCAAUGGAUUGUUUGCUCCAUGGUGGCGAGAUGAUGCCCGUGGGGUUUGCAUUGGUAUCACAAGGUUUACAAGCAGGUAUCAUAUUGCUCGAGCAGUGCUUGAAAGCAUGUGUUUUCAAGUGAAAGAUGUAUUGGAUUCAAUGCACAAAGAUGCAGGCGAGACGGGUAAGGUUAAGAAUGAAAAAGGGGAGUUCUUGCUUAGAGUGGAUGGUGGAGCCACCGUCAACAACCUCUUGAUGCAAAUUCAGGCGGACUUGCUGGGGAGCCUUGUGGUGAGACCAGCUGACAUAGAAACAACAGCGCUUGGAGCCGCAUUUGCUGCUGGAUUAGCCGUAGGAGUGUGGAAAGAAGAUGAGGUUUUUGCUAGUGGACAAAGGAUUAAAACUUCAACUAUAUUUCGUCCCACGUUAAGCGAGGAACAAAGGAAGAAGAAGGUGAAUUCUUGGUGCAAAGCUGUUGAAAGAACUUUUGACUUGGCCGAUCUUUCUAUUUGAUACAACAGUUAAUUCCUUUGUUAUCAUUUCCACUUCUUUCUUUUUGGCUCUUCGUUUCUCAGAUGGUUGUUCUGUUUCUUGUAAUGUCUAGUCCUGUGUUGAUUUUUAUGAUUUACAGACAAUCCCAUGGUUCUAUUAAGCUGCAUCAUUGGUAAAUUUUUUUUAACUAUUGCUAGCCAUUGCCCAGCU